CGUCAAGCAGAAAAUUAAUCAGCCAGGACGAGCCGCCGCGCUGAGUACGGCGGCCUGUAAUUAAGGGACGUGUGCCCCUCGGAUUAUCUCGUUAGUUUAUCAAGAAAACAUUUAUUAUAAUUAAUUCUCGGACGAGUUCUGUCACUGCAAACCCACCCACCAAGGACCCUGAACCUGUCCUCCCCCGGCGAGCCAAGACCUUCCAGCUGGGUGCCCCCGGUUUGGGCUGACUUUGCGCCGCCAAACAACCUUAGCAUGAUGUCUUAUCUCAAGCAACCGCCUUACGCAGUCAAUGGACUGAGUCUGACUACUUCGGGGAUGGACCUGCUACACCCGUCCGUGGGUUACCCGGCAACCCCCCGGAAGCAGCGCCGGGAGCGGACCACGUUCACCCGGGCGCAGUUGGACGUGCUGGAAGCGCUGUUUGCCAAGACGCGGUACCCAGACAUCUUCAUGCGCGAGGAGGUGGCGCUGAAAAUCAACCUGCCAGAGUCCAGGGUCCAGGUGUGGUUUAAGAACCGAAGGGCGAAGUGUCGCCAGCAACAGCAACAGCAACAGAAUGGCGGGCAGAACAAAGUGAGACCUGCCAAGAAGAAGACAUCGCCAGCUCGGGAAGUGAGUUCAGAGAGUGGAACAAGUGGCCAGUUCACUCCCCCCUCUAGCUCCUCAGUCCCGACCAUUGCCAGCAGCAGCGCCCCCGUGUCUAUCUGGAGCCCUGCCUCCAUCUCCCCACUGUCAGACCCUUUGUCCACUUCCUCUUCCUGCAUGCAGAGGUCCUACCCCAUGACGUAUACUCAGGCGUCAGGCUAUAGUCAAGGCUAUGCUGGCUCAAGUUCCUACUUUGGGGGCAUGGACUGUGCCUCUUACCUGACCCCUAUGCAUCACCAGCUUCCUGGACCAGGGGCCGCACUCAGUCCCAUGGGUACCAAUGCAGUCACCAGCCAUCUCAAUCAGCCCCCAGCUUCUCUUUCCACCCAGGGAUAUGGAGCUUCAAGCUUGGGUUUUAACUCUACCACUGAUUGCUUGGAUUAUAAGGACCAAACUGCUUCCUGGAAGCUUAACUUCAAUGCUGACUGCUUGGAUUAUAAAGAUCAGACAUCCUCGUGGAAAUUCCAGGUUUUGUGAAGACCCAUAUAGAACCUCUUUUUGUGGGUGAUUUUUCAAAUACACUGGGCUGGACAUUCCGGUUUUAGCCAGGCAUUGGUUAAAAAGAGUUAGGUGGGAUGAAGCUCAGAAAACUCUGAUGAAGUUCCACGAGGCAUAGAGAGAAAAGUGGGGAGCCCUAGAGGGGCCUGCCCACCAGCAAGCUGAAAUGGACAAACCCAUCUACUUAAGAUCCCAUCCUAGUUUUAGAUUAUUGGUUUUACUGAUUUGCAAAGUGAUCAAAAGCUUUCUAGCCAUGUGCGACCAGACACCACCAAAAAUAAAUCAAAACAGAAUCAGACGUGACUUCAGUGGGGACAGAAGGGAGGGAGGGCGCCAGCCUUCUCAGGCGGAGGUAUUGCAGUGUUUUUUAGCCAAUCCUUGGUUGACUCUUAGGAAUGAAGAGUGUCUCAGUCACGUUUCAUGACCAACUGGGAGUUGGCGCUGAACACCUUUUCAGGGCUGUGUGAAUUGUGCGACUGAUUGUCCUAGAUGCACUACUUUAUUUAAAAAAAAUAAUGUUCAUAAGGAGUCAAUAUGUAGUUUUAAGAGACAAUCAGUGUGUGUCUUAUAUAAAUGGUACAUCUGUGGUUUUUAAUCCGUGCUAGACUUCAAAACUGUGAUCUGUUCUUGUAUGCAACCAUGAACUCCACUCUGCAGGAGUUCUUCUGUGGUUAAAUAGGUAAUAAUUAUAAUCGAAAUUCAGAGCAACUGAGUGCUACCUUUUUAAAAAAAGAAACAAAAAAUUACCUUGGGCUGGAGGCAAGCUGCCCUGAAACUUGCCGGCAUCGUGUCUGUAGACAAGAAGAGAGGACACUAACUCCUCCGUGCUUGCUGUUGGUAAGCCUCACAGUGAGAUGUCGGCCGUGCUCAGCCUGAUGCAUCUUUGAGCCGAGAUCAUUGUCAUGUACGCUUGCAGAUGUAAACUGGAAACAGACUAUAUGCAUCAACCUUUUCUUCCUGGAUUUGGCAGAUCUGUAUAAUUAUAUUAAAAUGGUUCUAGCAC